AGAAGCCAAGUAUCUGGAGCAAACAGAAUGCAGGAGUCUCAGUUCGAGCUGAGAAGGAUGCUGAAGAAAAGAUCGAGGAACAGAAGACUUUAGACAAAGCACGAGAAAAAUUGGAAGAAAAAGCCAAAUUAUAUGAAAAAAUGACUAACGGAGACUUUAUUGAUGAAGAAGUAGAGGAUAUGUACCUUGUGGAUUUCACACAGAAGAUCAUAGACAAGCGCAAAGAAAUGGAGGCGUUCGGUGCCAGUAGAGAUUCUCAAAAGGCAGGAGAAAGGGACGAUGAUGAAGAAAAUCUUCCUGAGGAAGAUAUACCUCCUCCCCAGGACCCCAGCGAAGAAUGGGUGGAUUAUGUAGACUCUUUAGGAAGAUCCCGGCGCUGUAUGAGAAAGGAUUUGCCAGAUCUGCUGGAGAUGGACAAAAAUCUUCAGGGGAGACUUUUCGUUAGUCCUGCUAAUGAACAAACCUUAUUAUCUGAAGAUAUGAGAAAAGAGCUUCAGCGCCAGCAAUGGGAAGAAGAAGAAAGGGAGGCUCUGAAGAGGCCAGUGGGGCCUGUACAUUAUGAAGAUAUUCGGGAAAAUGAGGCCCGACAACUUGGUGUUGGAUAUUUUGCCUUUGCCCGAGACAAAGAGUUGAGAAACAAGCAAAUGAAAACUUUAGAGAUGCUGCGUGAACAGACAACAGAUCAGAGAACAAAACGAGAAAACAUAAAAGAAAAGCGAAAGGCUAUCUUAGAAGCAAGACUUGCCAAACUUCGACAGAAAAAGAUGAAGAAGUCACAGGAAGAUGGAACAGAAGAAGGAAACAGAGAUGGAGAUAUUAUUGGGCCUUUGCCACCGGAACCAGAGGCUGUGCCAACUCCACAUGCUGCUUCCCAGAGUAGCAAAGUAGAAGUCAUUGUCCAGGAAAGGAAGGACACAAAGCCUGGAGUGCCUCAUGUCCGGGAGUGGGACCGAGGCAAAGAAUUUUCCUUUGGAUACUGGUCGAAGAGGCAAUCAGAUCUCCGUGCUGAAAGAGAUCCUGAGUUUGCCCCACCAUCUGAUUACUUCGUGGGUCAAAAGAGAGCUGGUUCUUUUGGCAGCCAGGUGUGGAGCAGGCCUGGACCAAUGCAGAGUGACCCAGGGCAAUGCUCUGGGGAAAGCCACGGCCCCACAUCAUCAACUUCUACCCCCGACAACCCACCACAAGCCCCCACAGUCACUUUUGAAACUCUGGAUGAUAUGAUAUCCUAUUAUAAACAAGUGACAUGAGUUUAAAAAGCA